GCAGUCUCUGAGUGUUCACCUAAAAACGCUCCGGUCAGAAACAGGACGCUUCGAGAAUUUGUAUGGUGACAAGGAAGAAAUAUCGACUGUAUUGUGACUUUCGUCGCUUACAGCUUUUUGAUUUGUUAUGCAGCAGUGUAUUGAUCAAAAUAGUUUGAGUUGUGUGGAAUUUUAGACCUCAAAUAUCGCAGGGAAAAAUCAGUGCUGUGUUCGCAACAUGUCUGCGCCCUGUGACAGCACACACUGAGUGGAGAGCAACUGCGUGAUGCUAUCAUGUCAAUAUGGAUCAAAAUCUCUGAGAAAUUUUCCAGUACCUUGUUGAAUCUAUGCCACGAAGGAUUAAGGCAGUUCUGAAGGCAAAAGGGGGUCCAACCCUGUACUAGUAAGGUGUGCCUAAUAAAGUGGCCGGACAUGUGGAAGCCCGUGCAUGUGGCGUCACCCAGGAUCUGGUGCAGAUUUGGAUGCAGACUCUGCUCUGAAACCUCCUCCAACACACAGUCUUCUAAUCAUUCCCGGACACAAGCAGAGAAAGCCAAACGCAGACAAGCCCGGGAGAAGGCCAUUCUCUGUAGUGACGUGAAUGAUGAUGGACUGAGCUGGUCAGAUAAAGAAAAGAUAAAGUACACAGCUGCACUCUCUCCUGGAGAGAAGAAAGACACCACUUUGCCCCUCCCACAAUCCUACAGCCCAGAGUAUGUGGAGUUUGGCUGGUAUCAGUGGUGGGAGAAACAGGGAUUCUUCAGUCCCGAGCAGCAUAGUAAACAACCCCAUGCAGUUGAUAAACACUUCUCCUUGUGUAUUCCACCGCCGAACGUGACUGGGACUUUACAUCUCGGACAUGCGCUGACUGUGGCGAUAGAAGAUACUUUGGCUCGCUGGCGGCGUAUGCAGGGCUAUAAGGUACUGUGGGUUCCAGGCUGUGACCACGCAGGGAUUGCAACACAGUCCGUGGUGGAGAGGAAACUGUUGAGGGAACAAGGGAGGAGCAGACAGGAUUUCAGCAGGGAGGAGUUCCUCAAACAGGUCUGGAUGUGGAAAAAUGAAAAGGGGGAUGAGAUUUAUCACCAGCUGAGAAAACUGGGUGCAUCUCUUGACUGGAGCAGAGCCUGUUUUACCAUGGACCCGGCGUUCAGCAGUGCUGUGACAGAGGCGUUCGUCAGGCUCUGUGAUUCUGGACUCAUCUAUCGUGCUGAAGGUCUGAUCAACUGGAGCUGUACAUUAGAGUCUGCUAUCUCAGAUAUAGAGGUGGACUCAAAGGAGCUUCCUGGCAGGAUGUUUCUGUCUGUUCCCGGCUAUCAGCAGAAAGUGGAAUUUGGGACGAUGGUUACAUUUGCAUAUCCUUUGGAGGGACAGGAAGGAGAGGUUGCAGUUUCAACAACUCGUCCAGAGACAAUGCUGGGAGACGUGGCCAUUGCUGUUCAUCCUGAUGAUCCUCGAUAUAAAGAUUUUCAUGGUAAACACUGCAGGCAUCCUUUCACUGAGCGGUUAUUACCCAUUGUGACUGACACUACGGUGGAUAUGACAUUUGGCACAGGUGCCGUUAAACUGACUCCAGCUCAUGACCACACUGACUUCCUACUCUCUCAGAAACAUUCGCUCCCUCGCCUCACUGUGAUUGGAGGGAACGGAACCAUGACCUCAGUUUGUGGCCAAUGGCUAGAGGGUGUUAAGCGUUUUGAUGCCAGAGAACGAGUAAUCACUGCUCUGAUGGAGAGGAAGCUGUUCAGAGGAAAGAAGGAUCAUCCAAUGUCAUUACCAAUCUGCAGCCGUUCUGGAGAUGUCAUCGAACCCUUGCUGAAGAAACAGUGGUUUGUGCGCUGUCAAGAAAUGGGCAAAAAAGCAGUUCAGGCAGUGGAAGAAGGAGAUCUGCAGAUAAUUCCUCAGUUUUAUUCAAAAAUGUGGAAGAGCUGGUUGUCCAACAUCAGUGACUGGUGUAUUUCCAGACAGCUUUGGUGGGGUCAUCAGAUACCAGCCUAUAGAGUGACAUUGCAAAACUCGAUGAACACAGAAGAGGAGCAUUGGGUUUGGGGCAGAAGUGCUGCAGAGGCUCAACAGCGUGCUACUAGAAAGUUUGGAGUGAGUCCUGAGGCCAUCACACUCACCCAGGACCCAGAUGUGCUGGACACUUGGUUCUCUUCCGGUCUCUUUCCGUUUGCCAUGCUCGGCUGGCCUCAGCAGACUGAAGACCUGACACAGUUCUACCCCAAUUCCAUCCUGGAAACAGGCAGCGACCUCAUCUUUUUCUGGGUGGCCAGGAUGGUGAUGCUGGGCACAGAGUUGACAGGACAGCUGCCCUUUAAACAGGUGCUCUUUCACUCUCUGGUGAGGGAUAAAUAUGGGCGGAAGAUGAGUAAAUCUUUAGGAAAUGUCAUCGAUCCUCUUGAUGUCAUCUCAGGGGUGUCUUUGGAGAGACUUCAAGAGAAAGUUAAAGAAGGAAACUUGGACCCGAGAGAGAGCAUUGUUGCCAUUGAAGCACAGAAGAAAGAUUUUCCCAAAGGGAUCCCCGAGUGCGGUACGGACGCUUUGAGGUUUGCGCUUUGCUCUUAUAGAGCUCAAGGAGAGGACAUCAGUCUGUCCGUUUCCCAUGUGCUGAGCUGCAGACAUUUCUGUAAUAAGAUGUGGCAGACGGUUCGCUUCACCCUCGCCGCACUGAAAGAUGCAAGUUUACCAACACCAUUAGCUGAGACGUAUCCUCUAUCCAGCAUGGACAAGUGGAUAUGUUCCCGUCUCUACAGCACGGUUCAGCAGUGUGAGCGGGGUUUUGAGAGCUACGAGCUCCACGCGGUCACGUCCGCGCUGCACUCUUUCUGGCUCCACAGUCUGUGUGACGUCUACCUGGAAAGCGUCAAGCCACUGCUGAAGCCUGAAGGCUGUGAAGAGAGAGUCGGAGAGAGGCAGGUGGCCACAUCUGUGUUGUAUCACAGCGUGUCUGUAUCUCUGGCUCUCCUCUCGCCCUUUAUGCCGUUCCUCACAGAGGAGCUGUGGCAGAGACUCCUGCCGUAUGGUCACUCUGACAGGACAUCCUGCAGUCUGUGUGUUCAGCCCUACCCGAAGACCACACAGCUGGAGCACUGGUAUUUUCCUAAGGAGGAAGCAGAAUUCUCUCUGGUACAGGAAGUGGUCAGAGUGACGAGGUUACUGAGAGCCCAGUGCCAGAUGACGAAGGAAAAACCAGACUUGUAUGCAGUGUGUGCUCCAGAUCAGAUGGAGACUCUCCUGCGCUUCAGAUCUGCGAUUUGCACUCUGGGACGAAUCUCGAAUCUUCAUCUGCACUGUCCGGAGGCAGGAUUCAGCGACUGUCCUCCACCUAAAGUCAGCGCUGUAGGGGUGGUGGAUCAUUCUCUCUGCUUACAUCUCAGUGCUCAGAACGGCGUUAAUGCUGACAAACAGAGAGCGCUUCUAUCUCAGCGCAGAGGAAAGCUGGCCUUCAAAUUAAAACAAGCUCUUGCUCGCACACAGACGCACAACUACACCCAAAAAGUACCUCCGAAAAUCAGGCAAGAGAUGGAGAAUAAGAUCACAGCCAUGGAGCAGGAAAUGAAGAACAUCGAGGAUCAACUGUUGGCUUUGAAGGAUGCAAAAUAAGAAGAUUCAAACACUGAAGUCAUCCAAUAAUCAUUUUCUUAAAUAAGAAAUAUGUUUCCACACAAAUAUAUGGCAAAACAUAAAUGGAAGGUGCAUAUGUAUUAUGUUUGUUUGGAUGUAACAUAAAUGUAAAAUAAAUUAUUUGCCAUUUUUAGAGCCAAUCUCUCUCUUCUUUACAUGUAUUUUUAUUUUAUUUUUUGCAUUUUUAUUAAAACAUAUUUCUGUUUUAAUUAUAUUUAAUUAUACACUCACUGGCCACUUUAUUAGGUACAACUGCUAGUUAACGCACAUUUCUAAUCAGCUUAUCACAUGGCAGCAACUCAAUGCAUGGACAGUAGGCAUGUAGACAUGGUCAAGACGAUCUGCUGCAGUUCAAACCGAGCAUCAGAAUUGGGAAGAAAGGUGAUUUAAGUGAUUUUGAAUGUGGCAUGGUUGUGGGUGCCAGACGGGUUUGUCUGAGCAUUUCAGAAACUGCUGAUUUACUGGGAUUUUCAUGCACAACCAUCUCUAGGGUUUACAGAGAAUGGUUCGAAAAGAGAAAAUAUCCAGUGAGCAAAUGUUUUGUUGAUGUCAGAGGAGAAUGGCGUGACUGGUUCCAGCUGAUAGAAAGGCAACAGUAACUCAAAUAACCACUUGUUACAACCGAGGUAUGCAGAAGAGCAUCUCUGAAUGGACGCACGUCAAACCUUGAGGCAGAUGGGCUACAGCAGCAGAAGACCACACCGGGUGUCACUCCUGUAAGCUAAGAACAUGAAACUGAGGCUACAAUUCACACAGGCUCACCAAAAUUGGACAAUAGAAGACUAGAAAAAUGUUGCCUGGUUUGAUGAGUCUUGAUUUCUGCUGCAACAUUCAGAUGGUAGGGUCAAAAUUUGGCGUCAAAAACUUAAAAAAGGGGUUCAACCUGUCUUGUAUCAACAGUUCAGGCUGAUGGUGGUGGUGUAAUGGUGUGGGGGAUAUUUUCUUGGCACACUUUGGUAUCGUAUCAACACCACAGCCUGCCUAUGUAUUGUUGCCAUGUCAUAAAGCAUGAACCAUCUCAGACUGGUUUCUUGAACAUGACAAUGUGCUCACUGUACUCAAAUGGCCUCUACAGUCACCAGAUCUCAAUUCAAUAGAGUAACUUUGGGAUGUGGUGAAACAGGAGAUUCCAUCAUGGAUGUGCAGCUGACAAAUCUGCAGAAACUGUGUGAUGCUUUCAUGUCAAUAUGGACUAAAAUUUCAGAAAUAUUUCCAGUACCUUGUUGAUUCUAUGCCAUGAAGGAUUAAGGCAGUUCUGAAGGCAAAAUAGGGUUCAACACUGUACUAAUAAGGUGUACCUAAUAAAGUGGCCGGUGAGUGUAUAUGUUAUUGUUUAUAAUAUUAUUAUUAUUACGUUACAUAACAUUUUUAUACAGCACAUUUUAGCUCUUAUGUUUUAUAUUUUGUUACAGACAUACAGUUUCGUCCUGCAACUGUUUUGCAGCAUACGAAAUGUCCCAAACACUAUUUUUACUGUCCAAAAUGGGCAAAAAAAUUUGCUUUUAAUGAUAGUCAAAACAUGUUCAAAAAAUAUGUGUAUGUGUUAUUAAUGCUUUAAAAACAGUCAGGAAAAAAACGGCUGUGUU